AUGAACGAAAGUCUAAGGAUGGGAUUGCGAGUUCGGCGGUUCGAGUGCCUUCGGGAAUAUCUUUCAAUUACCAAGUUAGCAGCUCUUGUGGGUGGCAACGAUCAGGCGGUUACCAAUUUCAGGGAGUUGUCUCGAUACUUCAGAGAUAUUUUUUGCGUCUUUCGCACGCAGCAGCCAAACUUUACUACCUUUGUUCUUUGUCAUGAUUCUCUAGCAGAAUUUCCGUUGUUUUAUAUUUGGAUUUGGAAUGGACAGGUCGGUUGGUUGGAACAGGGAAAACCCGGUUCUCUUUGUCAUGUCAGACUGUUGCGAAUAAUGCGAAACGAAAGCUUGGUUAAUUCUAUCUCGUUGAAGUUCUCUGAGGCGGUUAACCGUGCCAUUAGUAAAGUCCGUGGUUCGAAUCCGACCUCCACCACUCGACUUCCCCUGUCUAGGCUUGGGCAACCUGGCAGUAUCCCAGCCCUCGUGCUUCCUUCGGGUGGCAUGGCUGCUAGGCACCGGAAGAGUGCUACAGCUGAACGGUUUUUUAUGGAGUGCAGGAGAUACGUGCUCACAAGCAAGCAUAACAUGAGAAGGUCGAGAAAAAUCACUCUAAUGACCAAGAGGGCGGUUACCAAUUUCAGGGAGUUGUCUCGAUACUUCAGAGAUAUUUUUUGCGUCUUUCGCACGCAGCAGCCAAACUUUACUACCUUUGUUCUUUGUCAUGAUUCUCUAGCAGAAUUUCCGUUGUUUUAUAUUUGGAUUUGGAAUGGACAGGUCGGUUGGUUGGAACAGGGAAAACCCGGUUCUCUUUGUCAGACUGAGGCUUUGCGAAUAAUGCGAAACGAAAGCUUGGUUAAUUCUAUCUCGUUGAAGUUCUCUGAGGCGGUUAACCGUGCCAUUAGUAAGAAAAUCAAGGGGUAG